CAUUAACAAAACAUUUGUUGUAUCAACAACAUCGUGUCCGAGUCGAAUUGUAUAUAUUUUGUAAAUUAUUUAUAUUUUUAUAAGCGUACUCGCAUGACCGGCGCCUGCGGCAGGUAUAUCGCAGGAAAUGAACGCUCCAGAAGAACACAACAAGACGCCGUUGGAGGUAAUCCAUGAGUUCGUCAAGGGCGUGGACGAUGGCACCGUACGCCGCGAUCUGGCGGAGGACUGCAUCCUGAGCUACUACAGCCGCAAUGUGCGUGGCGCCAAGGCCAUCACCGGAUUUCUAAGGACCCAGUUGACAACGCGCUACAAGCACGAGAGAUUCGAGGAAGCGGCGCGUGUGGCAAAGGGCGACGAGCUACUGCUGCAGGCACGCUUUGGCAGAUCGUUUGACGCCGCUCGUCGUCGCAUCUACGAGGAGAAGGAGCGCGUCGGCGCCACCACGCUGCAUCUGCAUGCGGAGAGCGAUGACGAGGUGGUGCACGAGGAGUUUUCCACAUCCCUGAUCACGCCCCCGCGCCCCUCGAGCUACAAUUUGAACGCACUGAAGUAUGUGGAGAGCUGUGGCCUGUUGAACAGGCGCGAUGAACAUGUCUACGGCGGCCUGGACUUGGGCGAAUCAUGCGCCGUCCACCUCACUCUGGGCUAUCGACGCACCCAGCUGCCCGGCGGCCAAGUGAGCGGCUUCGAGAUCUGCCUGGCUGUAUACGAUCGGGGUCUGACAACGCUCAACCGAUCCACUCUAACUGCGCCGCCAUUCGGCAUUUCGUUUCCACGACGGGCCAAUGCCCGCUGCAAUCCAUCUACCGAUGAUGAGGCCGAUGCCGAGGAGGAUUCACCGCCGCCCACAUCGAGGCGCGGCGUUCGUCGGACAUUAUUUACCGAGGAGAACACUCAGGAGGAGGUGGAUCGCGAUCCCGAUCCCAUUCCCGAGGUGGAGCAGGAGCAACCAGCACCGCAGCAGGCUGAGGAGGCGGCUCGCGAGGCAGUCAACAUCCCCGUGGACUUACCCACGCCCCUGGAGACGACAAAUUGCAGCAGCUAUACACCAAGGAAACGCCUACAGACAACCAAUGGCAACGAAGUGCCGCCCAAACGCACACCGGGACGACAGCGGAUGCGUUUCUAGACCGGACGGAACUUUAGUAGUAACUAUAGUAGCGAUAGCUGCUUUUCCAAAUCUACGUAGCACAAUUCUUUUUUGGACUUUCGAGGAUGCCCCACAAAUUUCCGUAAUUAUUUGAAGAAGACUGAUUGCACCCGUUUUGGUCCCGCUUUCAGGGACCCCGCGUCGCGCUAGGCUAAACUACAAUAUGUAUUGUAUUACAUAAUCCCUUGUAUUUAUUUAUGUAUUAAAGUUCAAUGUUAAUUAAA